AUGGGUGGAAUGUCAUUUAUGUCCGCCCCAGUACAAACAAUGAUGCAAGAAAUCCUUACAAUAUCAAGGGACUUCGGAUUUGAUGUUUCGGCGAGACAUCUUGUACAAUUUGUGGAAUUAAGCUGCCUGGAAUGUAGAUCAGAAGUUAAAGAGGAUUAA